AUGACCAACUCCCCAUUGGCCAGAGUACUAAAGAUAACUAAGGCAACUAUUUCGACGCCGAUUUCACCACGCUUAUUCGCUUUCGCCAAACUCCAUAAAGACGGUAAACAACUACGUCCGGUCGUCGAAAAGUCGAGAUCUCCGACUAUACUUAUAGAACGCAUGCUUAACUCUUUUGCAACCAGCACCAUCGAGGAAUAUCCGUGUACUGUGUCCAAUCCGGUACAGUUGAUUCACAGAUUGAAUGCACUUGACAGCUUAGAUGGCGUAUAUUUCACCGUUUGUGAUUUUGAAUCCAUGUUCCCAUCCAUCCGCAUCGAGCCAUGUUUUUCUGAGUUAAGGGAUUUUCUCAUUCGAAAUAUCAACGACUCUUCUGAACAUCUUUCUGACAUCUUAGAGUUGGCACAUCUCAUAUGUCAUUCAUCUUUUUUCGUAUUUGAGGGAGAUACUUUCCUGCAGUCUAGAGGAGUGCCUAUGGGUAGCCCCAUAUCAGGAACAUUAUGUGAAUUGGUGGUCAGACGCCUCGAACAACAAGUCUUACCUGGCUUUAAAGAUGACAUUAUAUUAUACGCUAGAUACGUGGAUGAUGUGUUCAUUGUUUGGAAGAGAAAACCAGACUUGGCGGCAUUCAUUGAAACUUUCAAUAGUAACGCUUAUGGCCUCUCGUUGAGGGCGGAACAGCAGAGCUCCACCAACGUGCAUUUUCUUGAUAUUGACAUUAGCUUACAACAGGGUCGAAUAACAACUAAAGUAUACCGUAAGAGCUCGUAUGCGCCUCUUUUUAUACACGCUCAAUCACAUGAUCCGGUUAGCUACAAGAUCUCUGCUUUUAAGAUCCUAGUAAGAAGAGCUUUCACCCAUUGUUCAAGCGCGGAAGAUAGAAAAAUGGAAUUGGAAUCUAUUUCGAAUGUGGCUAGACUGCACGGUUACCCUACGCGCCUAAUUAAAGCACUUAUAGCACGCCACCAACCUAAGAGUACGGCACUUCAGAAUAACCAGUCCUUCGUUCCUAUUACUUACAACAAGAUCCUUCAUAGCACCUACAAACAAAUCGCUCGGUAUGCUGGCAAAAAUAUUGCAGACCAUUUUCUCCUGUUUACGAAACGAUAA